UUCUCGACUGAACGUUACGCUAUCAGCAACAGUUGUUCUCAGAUGGCAAACGGAGCUGCGCUACAACAGCUGCUGACCCUCACCUUGUUUGGUCUUUGUCUACGCUUUGCGGAGCCCCAGGGUGCACCUCCGAAUCCCUGCAACAGCAUCUUUACCUAUGCACGCAGGGAUGGACGCUUGAUUGGACAUCUCAAUCCCGGCUCAGAUGGCGUCUACGAUGUCAACAUGCGAAUGGUGUUUAGCUCGAGGGGUUCAGAGUCGGGCAGUGUGAGUUCUAUGGCCCCGUAUCCGGAUAAGGAGACAGCUUUUGAUCGCAUGCGUGCUGGCUACAGUGCACAGGCUUUUGUGUACUUCGAUGACUAUCGGGAGGAGCUGCCGAAGCUAAUCCAGGUGCAGGUCAAUGGACAUAUCAUUUGCACAGCGAAUAAAUAUGGCCCUCCAUCGUCGACAUCCACUCGAGAUCUGCACAUGGCUGUGUCUGGCAAUUUGGCUGUGCGUCCCACAACGGCAACAGUGCAACGUCCCACAACCGAACUUCUUUCUCCAAUGCCCCAAAAACAGCCUCAAUCCAGUCUGUUUUCCACUGGCAAUCCGUUCUUGUUCAAAAUAACAACGAGGAAACCUGUGGUAAUUGUCGAGACACGCAAAGACCCCACACCGAGUGAAACAGAGUGCGGAGUGGAGGGAUUCAUUGGGCUGCAGAUUGGCGGCGAGAAUGUGCCACGUGGACGGUUCCCGUGGCUGGCCGCACUCUAUCAUGACACCAACAUGGAUCCCACCAAGAUUGAGCUGGUGUACAAGUGUGUGACGACAUUGAUAUCGGGACGCACGGUAAUUACGGCGGCACAUUGCAUUUACGGCAUGACGCCGGCUCAGUUGCGCGUGUAUGUGGGACGCCACGAUGUCACUUUGCAUCCGGAACGAGAUGCCACACUGAUGGCCGUGGAGAGUGUGCGUACACAUCCGGAUUUUGUGGGCAAUCUGGUGCCCGAUUCGGAUGUGGGUCUCUUGGUGCUUACUGAACAUGUGGUCUACAACUCGUAUGUGCGUCCCAUCUGCCUGUGGACGAGCAGCACAACGCUGGGCAUCGAUGAGAGCGAACAGACGGCCGUCGCCGGUUGGGGCAUCGAUAGCUCGCUGAAGCCAACACGUUUCCCCACCACAGUCAAUGUGCGACCCGUCUCCCGGGAGGAAUGUCUACGCGAAAUGGUCACGGCCAAGGACUUCUUAACGCCACGCACGCUCUGCGCCGGCAACAGUCAGGGGCAUGGACCGUGUCUUGGGGAUUCGGGCGGUGGGUUGAUGGUGCUGCGCAACAAUCGGUGGAUGGUGCGAGGCAUCGUCUCGUUGGCUCAGCGUGCCGGCAAUAGUUGCGAUUUAUCGCGCUACGUCAUCUACUGCGAUGUGGCGAGGCAUCUCAGCUGGAUUGAGCAGAAUGUGGUCAGAUAGAAAGACAGUUACAAAUAAGUUAUGACAAUAAACAAAAGCGCUGCCUGUUUAACUAGUAACGUUUAUCUAGCGGAACAAUGAGCGGGAGAGCUUGGGAGCAUACACAGGGAGAAAUUAGCAAGACAAAUGUGCUGAAAUUCCCAGCAAAUCAUACAGAUUUUAUAUGCUAGAGUUAAGAUUGUAAAUUCUUGCAUUUAAAGUGAAGCAGUCUAGAUAUAAAUUUUAAAUUAUAUUAAGAAAAAGUUGCAAAACAAUCAAGAAAUAUUAGUUGAAGAGAACUGAGCAAUAAACAAUUCCAGAAAUUUUGCAGAUUAAUCAAACUAA